GCGAGUCCAGUGACGGCCAUCUGUUUGGAGUUUCUCUUCCACUCCAAUAUAAGUAGAAAAGGACUUCCAAACAGACAUUAGUAGAAUUAAUAGUAACCGCCAGCUUCUUCGUAGUAGUUCCCUUCGUUUUUCUCCGACAAAACCCCUUUGCUCGCCGUUAUUCCUCCCUGAUCCUCUCCGUCAGGUAGGGAAGGAAAAUCAAAAAUUGUUUCUGGACGGUUACACACAUUCUCUCUCUCUCUCUCUCUCUCUAGUUUCCUUUGCUUUUUCUUCUGCGCCCCUGUCGAGACUCGAGAAUGACACACUUAGCUCCAAGUCUACCUCUUACUCCAAAGCGCAUGAAACGCCGUUUUAUUCCUUCGUUUUCUUUUCUAUUCCUCUCUUUCCGUAGCUUUAUAUAAUAGUAUAUAGCUCCUAGUUGGCUUCUUACUAAAGACGAGUUCUAUAUGGUGACGAUCGAUCGGAUCAAAUUGAUACACAGAGAGAGAAAGUGGUCUUAGUUUCGAGUUCGGAGGAUGGGAUCGUCUUCAGCGCACGGUAGCAGUUAUGAUUACUCUUUCAAGAUCUUGCUGAUCGGGGAUUCUGGAGUCGGUAAGAGCAGUCUUCUUGUCAGCUUCAUCUCCAACUCCGUUGAGGAUCUCACUCCCACCAUCGGUGUGGAUUUCAAGGUUAAGCAGCUCAAUAUUGAUGGGAAGAGAAUGAAGCUUACAAUUUGGGAUACAGCUGGACAGGAGAGGUUCAGAACUUUAACGAGCUCAUACUAUAGAGGAGCCCAAGGGAUAAUUCUUGUGUAUGACGUCACGCGGCGUGAAACCUUUACAAAUUUGACAGAUGUAUGGGCAAAGGAGAUUGAGCUUUACUCCACCAAUCAGGGUUGUAUAAAGAUGCUUGUUGGGAAUAAAGUUGAUAAGGAAAGUGAACGGGCGGUUACUAAAGAGGAGGGCAUGGCUCUUGCACAAGAGUAUGGAUGCUUAUUUCUGGAAUGUAGUGCGAAAACUAGGGAGAAUAUUGAAAAAUGCUUUGAAGAACUUGCUUUAAAGAUAAUGGAGGUCCCUAGUCUAUUGGAAGAAGGAUCAACUAUAAUAAAGAGGAACAUUUUAAAACAGAAACCAGAAUAUCAGGCACCUUCCAGCAGUGGUUGUUGCUCUUGAGAAGCUGUACAAGGACCUACAUAAAAGAAUUGACCUAGACAUCAAAUCAAAGGUCCCCAGACAGUGUAAGUAACAGGCAUUGGACAAUCAGAUCCACGCAGAGACCUUUUGUGAUUCAGUGAUGUAAAUGAUGAUUUCUGUUUCUGUUAUUCUAUUAUCUUUCUGUGAAUUGUUGGGGCAUCCCUUACUCUUACUUUUGCAGAAUCUUCUGCCCUAUCAAUGUCAUAGUUUUGAGAUCCGAGUGUGGGGCAUGCAAACUGAACAGUACUCUGGUGAAAAUGUUCAUGUAAACGAAAAGAAUAUACAUAAUUUGGUUGUUCUAACAUGAGAUGUAUAAUCCAUGAAUCAGAAACUAGAUGGCUUGGUGAUUUUUCUA